CCUGACGGGGCGCAAUUUGAUUGAUACCCAAGAAGUGAGCCCUUGACCGUCAUGUUUUAGGGCUGAGCACUCGCGUCUACAGCCCGCACAGUCGCGUCUCCUCCAACUACGCGCAUUGGACACUCGAAAUUUCGAGACGACAUUGCCGGGACAAUGAGCUUCAAUUCGGUUCACGAGCACCAACAGCGCCGCGCCCGACCGCGAUCCGAUUCACAAGGCUCUGAUCCAGAUGCGCAACUUCAGUACGCCUACGAUGGUGACUCGCCCAGUGAUGCUGGUCGCUCUUUUCACACCCCCGGCCAGGGCAGCGAUGAAGAAGAUGAGACGGUAGAGGAACGGACGGUCGAGAGACCAGUGAAAUUGAACUACGUUCUCAAGUUCACAUUACAUGGUCACAAGGGUGGAGUAGCGGCGGUAAAGAUAUCACCCGACGGAAAAUGGAUCGCAAGCUGCUCUGCCGACGCCACGAUCAAAAUAUGGGAUGUCAGCACCGGAGAACUGUCGCAAACUCUCGAGGGACAUCUUGCUGGCAUAUCUACCAUAUCUUGGAGCCCGGAUUCCAAGUAUUUGGCGUCCGGUUCGGACGACAAGAUCAUUCGCCUUUGGGUGAUCUCAACAGGAAAGAGUCUGCCGACACCACUAGUCGGACAUCACAACUAUGUCUAUAGUUUAGCUUUCUCGCCGAAAGGUAACAUGAUAGUAUCGGGAUCCUACGACGAGGCGGUGUUUCUAUGGGACGUGCGGACUGCUCGAUUGAUGCGCAGCUUGCCAGCACACUCAGAUCCUGUGUCCGGAACCGACUUUGUUCGAGAUGGCACACUCAUCGCAUCUUGUUCAAGCGACGGGCUUAUUCGAAUCUGGGACACAAUUACUGGUCAAUGUCUCAAGACACUCGUGCACGAGGACAACGCCGCUGUUACAAGCGUCAGAUUUAGCCCCAACGGAAAGAUGGUGCUGGCUGCAACGCUGGAUUCUUCGAUUCGACUUUGGGACUACGUAAACGGGCGAUGUUUGAAGACAUAUCAAGGUCACCAGAACCAAAAGUACAGCAUAAAUGCAACAUUCGGUACAUACGGUGACGGAACUGUGGUAUUGUGGGAUGUGAACUCCAAGGAGGUGUUACAGACAUUGCAGGGCCACGAUGGGGUCGUGCUUGGAGUUGAUGUUGGCCUUGAGGAUCAGACAAUAGCCACUUGUGGGAUCGAUGGUACUAUCAAGGUCUGGAAGAGAGCGUCUCUUCCG